AUGCCUGGCAACAGUAGUAUCUGGUGAAAUGGCGUCUGGUUACCUAGUGCUCGGUUUAUUUUAGCUAUUUGAUUAGCAAGCUAUAUUCAAUAACCUUUGACUGUGAAUAGAAGUUCAUUUUCAAUAGAAUAAAUAACGUCAUUGUUAUAUAUUUCAAAAUGUCUGACUCAGAAGAGGACAGUCAAGAUAAGCAACUUAAAAUUGUAGUCAUCGGGGACGGCGCAUCAGGGAAGACGUCCCUCGCCACCAGGUUUGCACAGGAGGCCUUUGGGAAACAAUACAAACAAACCAUUGGCCUUGAUUUCUUUCUGAAGAGAAUAAGUCUGCCAGGCAACUUGAAUGUUACUUUGCAAGUGUGGGAUAUUGGAGGUCAAUCGAUUGGAGGGAAAAUGCUGGAUAAAUAUGUCUACGGGGCUCAGGGUGUUCUUCUAGUGUACGACAUUACAAACUACCAGAGCUUUGAGAAUCUGGAGGACUGGUACGGCAUGGUCAAGAAGGCCAAUGAAGAGUCAGACGUCCAGCCUGUGGUCUCACUGGUGGGAAACAAAAUUGACCUGGAGCACAUGAGGACAGUGAAGGCUGACAAACACCAGCGCUUCUGCCAAGACAACAGCCUCAUCAGUCAGUUCGUAUCAGCCAAGACCGGAGACUCAGUGUUCCUGGCAUUCCAGAGAGUGGCUGCAGAGAUUCUGGGGGUGAAGCUCAACAAAGCAGAGAUUGAGCAGUCCCAGAGGAUCGUGAAAGCUGAGCUGGUGGACUACCAUCAGGACGAAGUCCCCGUUAGACAGGAGACCAAUCAGAGCAAAAUCUGUUCGGUUCAGUAGUUGGAACGUGUGGUGAAGGCCGACAUCGUGAACUACAGUCAAGAACCUGUGGCGAGGACAGUCAACCCCCCGCGCAGCUCCAUGUGUGCGGUACAGUGACCCCCUCUCUCCCCCACCUCCCCUCUUGCCCCUCCACAAACUGACGAUAGCAGUGAGGGCUUCUGACCAGCAGGCUGCCCCUAACACACUGGCCCAUGGCCAAAGCAGGGGAAUUGAGCCAGCUUGGUUUAUUCUGCUGCACACGCGCACACACGCACGCACACACACACCUUCUCUCUCAACGCACAAGUCUUGAGAAAGGCUUUAUAUCAGUAUUUCCUUGAGGGUUUGUUAAGAUUUGAAUGUGAGGAUCUCUCUGUAUGUACAGUUUGUAUUUAUAAAGGGACCCCACAGUAUAUUCCUGGCUUCAAUACAUUUAAUAUAUUUUCAUGAAUGAUUUCUUGAGUAGUAAUUAGCUUUGGUUGCAGCAUACGUCUGUUUAAACAUGAAGUUAUGCUGAAAGCAAAUGGGCCCUCCACAAUAUAUUUUGAGCAACUGUUA